AGCCAAUUGUUUUUUCAUAGUGCACGUUGCACUGUAAAUACAACGGCGGGAAUUGAAACAAAGCGUAGCGGAGGAGGGAGGAGCAGUAGGAGGUAUCGAAUUUUGGCCAAUCAAAAAAAGGUGUCUUGUGUGGACGUCAUUAGCAUGUGGGUCUGUAAAUAGAGCGGGCGCGAGGCGGGCGUUAGUCAUUUUCUGUUCGUUUAUUCGAGAAGCAGCAUUAUGCCCGAUCCAGCCAAGACCGCGCCCAAGAAGGGAUCAAAGAAAGCCGUGACCAAGACGGCCGGCAAAGGAGGCAAGAAGCGCAGAAAGUCCCGGAAGGAGAGCUACGCCAUCUACGUGUACAAGGUCCUGAAACAGGUGCACCCUGACACCGGCAUCUCAUCCAAGGCCAUGGGCAUCAUGAACUCCUUCGUGAAUGAUAUUUUUGAGCGCAUCGCCGGUGAGUCUUCUCGUCUGGCUCACUACAACAAGCGCUCCACCAUCACCUCCAGGGAGAUCCAGACUGCCGUGCGCCUGUUGCUUCCCGGCGAGCUGGCCAAGCACGCCGUGUCCGAGGGCACAAAGGCCGUCACCAAGUACACCAGCUCCAAGUAAAGCGCGUUACCGCCGUCUUCAUCAACCCAACGGCUCUUUUAAGAGCCACCCACUUUUCAUACAAAGAGCAAUCAAUUUUCUUUCGCUUUCUCUCUUGCUGUGUGUGUGUGUGAGUGAGAGAGAGGGGGGGGGCACUUCUGAAGUGCUGCUCUCCCACGAAUGUUCAGGCUUUUGGGUAAUUCUAGCAGUCUGAUAAAUGCAGAGAUGAGUACAACUCAACAGGGUUGUAGCACGGUUUCUCGGGCUUGUAUAAUCUGAGCAAUGCAAAAUGGGGCUUUAGCAGCACAAAGUUAUUCAUAUUAAGACUAGCAACAGGAAGUAACUGAAAAUGGUAUUCUAGUAACACGUAGAAAUUCAAACUAAGGUUCUAGAAGCACGUAAAAGUUCUAAAUACUGUUGUAGUAACAUGUAGUCAUUCAAAACAGUGUUCCAGCAGCACAAAGUCAUUCAAAAGAAUGCUCUAGCAGCAUGGAAUACAACACACACACACACACAAGGCUAUAGCG